CUAUGACUUGGCAGUUGGCACGGCAUGAUUGAUUCUUCCUUUAGUUGUUGACUAAACUAGAAUUCAAAUCAAAACCUAUUGAAAAUCCCGCACAUAGCAACCAAAAAAUGCUAAAUUUGGGGAUUUAGGGUUUUUUUUUUUUUUUUUCCCUAUCUUCAUCGUUUUUUCCAACCAAGCUUGCAAUAAUUUAAGUUCGCGCCAAAAUGGAACCGGAAGGGCAAAAGGGUACCGUAAACCCUUCAGCAAUGCUAGCUUCCUUGCUUAGUAGGAGAGCCAAGCUUCACGAAGAUUUGCGCAGCAUUGAAAAGCAGGUUUAUGACAUGGAGACAAGUUAUUUACAGGAUCCUGGGCAAUGUGGCAAUGUACUAAAAGGAUUUGAAGGGUUCCUAUCUUCGUCAAAGAACACUGCACUCUUGAAGCGGUCAAGAAAGUUUCAGCCUGAAGAUAGACUCUUUUCAUUAUCUUCAGUGACCUCGCCUGCGGCUGAAGAUCUAGCAACUGGACGAGAUGAUGGGAGACCGGAUUUCGGUCCUGGUCGUUCAAAAGGUGGUGGAAUUUAUGCAAAUGGCCAGGGUAAACCAAAGAAGGGAAGAGGUGGUCCAAGGGACGCAAAGAGAUUAAGGCCUUCAACUGAACAAGAUUUUGAUUAUGAAGAUGAUCCUGAUUUGACAUUAUGAUUGAAAAUGUUGGUGCUAGUUUCUGUUCACAAGAUCCUUGGAGCAAUCUUGUUUUGAUCCUAAUGUCUCAUUACAUUUUGUGUACAUAUUGUACUCUUGUUGUACAUGUUUAGCUACCCCAAAGUUAUGGAAUUUAUUAUAAUAAAGCCCUUGUACUCAUGUUGUACAUGUAUUGUUACCA